AUGACCCAUUCAACCUCCAUCGAGGGGCUCACCCCUAUCGAUGCCUUGAUGCCGCGGAGCUACAUCCGGGUUGUCCUAGUCUUCGAAGAUGCAACAAACCAACGCGCACAAAGUACCAAAUUUCUGCAGUCUGGGCUCAAUGCUAUCUCAAAGGAGAUCCCGUGGCUCUCCGGUCGAGUCCUACCAAGAACUUCAGCGGCUGGAGAACCGUAUUCUCUCGAGAUCCGAUGGUAUGGACACACUACGCCAACUCUCAUCGACAAGGGUACGAUAGACAUCUCGUACGACACCAUUUCCGCAAACGGGAUACAACCCGAGUCAAUUCCAGAGACCGUAUGGCCGGUGCUCGGUAUGAUAGACGAAUUUCCAUACACAGCGGGAGCCCCUGUUUUCGCGGCAAGUACGUUCUGCUUCGCGGAUCGAGGGCUCGGCUUAUGCAUUUGCAUGCAUCAUAACGCUGUCGAUGGCGCAGGGUUCUCAGAGAUUAUACGACACUGGGGAAGGGCUAUCGCAGAGCCUGGCCGGGCCAUUCCCAGCUCGUUUGAGAGGAGGUGCGAGCGCCUCACGGCGGCGCUUGCGGAUGACCUCGCUGAGACAUUGUCCACUUCGACAGACGGGCUGUUCGAGAAACACCCCGAGUAUUCGAGACUCCCUCCCGCUGUCCCCGAGACAUUUUCUUCCUAUGCAUGCAAGCUCUUUACAGUCUCACUUAACUGGAUCGAUACGUUAAAGUCCUUGCUGGCCAAACACACAUCAACACCAUCCUCAACAAACACGAUCCUGAACGCACUCCUCUGGACCACAAUCACGCGUGUCCGAACAAAAUCCGGGAGCCUCUCGAGGGAAAUCGAUCAAACCAGCCCAUUCUCCCCACCCGACGCCCCAUAUCUAGGCAACGCAAUCAUCUACGCCCUCGCCGAAUUCUCCACACCGGCACUCACGGCGGCGGACGAGAGUCCCAUCCGUUCCCUCGCGGAAAUCUGCACCACAAUCCUCAACUCCCAAUAUCCAUUAACAAUUGACGCACGCCACAUCGCAGAGGUCCACGAGCUUGCCACACACACGGGUGACCCCGGCGCUCUCUUUGUAGGCUGGGACUUGUUCAACUCGGGGGACCUGACGAUCACUUCGUGGGCUGAUUUCGGGCUGUACGAGGUUGAUUUUGGACCGGGUUUGGGGGGCCAAGUUUUGUGCGUUUGCCGUUAUAUGGAGGCGGAUGGGGUUGUCAUUGUUCUGCCGAGGCGGAGAGGUGAAGGGGAGAAAGGGGUGGAGGUUAUUGUUAUGCUGCGGAGGGAUCAUAUGGAUGUCCUUGUGGAGGAUGAGAUGUGGCGGACUCUGACCGAAAGCUAG